CUUGUGACGUCACAAUCACGAGCGGCCAUUUUGGCGAAACAGGAACACCGACCAUACGUUUGUGUGGAGUCUCGCUGAUACAGCGAGUUUAACAAAACUGCAACGAUCAAUGUGCAGAAACAUCGUGAACACGGGAGAACGCCACGAAGAACCCUGCUCAUUAGGCAUAGAAUGUUUAACGGUGAAUACGGUCAUACCUUUAUGGAGUUUGUGACAAACAGCGGGGAUUACUGUCAGGCUCAACACGAGUAGAGAGCUUGCGGAGUCGCCUGCCCUUGACAACGUUGUCACGGCAACCACGGUGCUGCAGUCACGCUACUCUCAUUUGAUUGGCUAACUGACCUUCGUGUGGGGGCUCCGAAGGCCCUCAUUGCUUGGAGUUUGGAUGGGUUAAGAACGUUUCGUUGACCCACUCCCUUGGACACUGAAAACCCCUGUGUCUUUCAUCGCUUAUGUUUUGUAGCCAGGAGUGAAAAACAAACAACAAAGAAAUAUCACCACAGAGAAAAUAUUUUUGAAGAAAAUAUUUUCUACCAGCUGCCUAAGCAUUUUUGUUCAAGAAUUGCAAUACUACUUUGUACUUGGUGUGAGCAGAAGAUUAAUAUAACAUUGCUUCUGUGUAUGAUUCUCGGUGUAAUCUUGUGUGUGGAGAAAUAGUAUGACAGCAGCCAUGAAAGCACGCAGACCCGAGCCAGCUGAGAUUGAGUUCAAGAGUAUGCGCUACUUGAUAAUGGAUAGACCAACUGAUUCCACCAUUGAUAAGUUCAUUGAGGAACUGAAGAAGCGUGGGGCAAAGGAUGUGGUGAGAGUGUGUGACCCCACCUACAAGACAGAAAGACUCAAGGAAGAGGGCAUCCGAGUCUUGGACUGGCAAUUUGAUGACGGCAGCCCCCCACCAGCUGCAGUUGUGGAAGACUGGUUUAACCUGCUCAAGACACGCUUCCGUGAGGAGCCAGGCUGCUGCGUGGCAGUACACUGUGUGGCAGGUCUCGGCAGAGCGCCGGUGUUGGUGGCCCUAGCACUCAUGGAAAGUGGCAUGAAGUAUGAAGACGCUGUGGAACUCAUUAGACAGAAACGAAAGGGUGCAAUCAAUGCUAAACAGCUGUCCUACUUGGAACAUUACCGUCCAAAGUCACGGCUCAAACAGAAGAACAACCGCAAUGGCCACCAGAACUGCACCAUACUGUGAACAACUGCGUCUUCUACCUACGGUGACAUUGCAUAGAGGCACCGUCAUGGAUGCUAAUCGUUAUUUAUACUGCCAUCUUUGCUCCUCUGAGCUGCAUUUUGUUUUGUUUAGCACAGACUCAGUCAGUUGAGCACACCAAAAUGUUGAUUUUUUAGUUGAUCAGUCAAUGUCUUGUGUUUGUUGAGUAUGUCUCCACAUGGACCUGCCUACCAUCCUCUGGGUUCUCCUGUUCACUGUAUGAUGAGUUGAUGGUUUGUCUGUCUUCCCUUGAUGGAGUCGACUGUGGACUGCUAGCUUGGAAUCAGGGAGCUAUGAUUGUCUCAGUGCUAGGUUGCAGUACCACCGCUUUAGUUUACCUCUAGGUAGAAAAGUCAAGAUGCUCAAGAUCAAAACAUGCAAACUUCAUUUUGGGUUUCCUGUGCUGUUGGAAAGGGGAACUGUAGUCUUAUCUUUUGCAUUUGUCGUAGCAGACACAAAAACACUCAUUUUCACAUAAGUAGAAGAUAUCAAAGUUCUGGAAAGUAGCGUUGGUUUUGUUGCUUUACAGUUGGUUGACGUUACAAUUUGACUUGGAUGGAAUUAUAUCCUGAACAUAGAAACAAAUGGUGCCUAUAUUUUCCAAGAUAGUGGUAUUUUGAUGGGAUUGUACAUCUGGGAUGCUCAUCUAAGAUUGUACAUCCUGAUUGCUUCAGUAUUUUUAGUUCAGUGCUAUGAAAGAAAUUAUGGACUUGUGGAAAUGUUGAAAGUUUAUAGUAACACUCAAAUAACCAUGGAAACGGGUCAAAAAUAGCUUUCUUUUCGCUGAAGCUCAUAUUUGUCAGUGUUAUUGCUGUAGCUAACUGAAUCUUGUUUACAACAAUUUAUCAAGCUUAUCAUGCUUAUGUCUUUUUAGCAUAUGCUAAGCCCUAUUUGAUGAGCAGUGCCAUUGACAACUUGGUGAGCUGUUCCACACAGUGCCAGUGAUGUGUGUGCCAACAUCAAGUCUAUCAGCAUUGGAAUAUUGACAGUUUGCAGUAUCAACUGACAAAAUUUGCAAAAGUAUUUUCUCACUGGAACUGUGUUUUUAACUCCAGAUAUGCUUAUUUUUUGAGGCAUUUGAUGUUUAUUAUUUGUUUAGGAUUGGGAUCGUACUUGGUUUAGAGCCCCCUUGAAUCCUACCUGUACCCAACCUCCAAGGCAGUAGCUGUGUUGAUAAGUUACAGUCAACUGUUCCAUUAGGUGCCUGUGUGAAACUCACAGACAAGCAUAUUGUUGUCCUUCAAGUCAGUCCACAGUUUCAAUCAGUGCCACUUCCCUUAAAUCAAAGUGGACGAUUCCAAUGCCAAAUAAUGCAGAUGUGGAUGAAAUGUGUUUUUGUGUUCACUAGUGAAAAUGUAAACCCAAACAAUUUCCUUAGCAAACAAUAUACCUUUGUCCUAAAAUUGACAGCUCAUGCUUGUGUAAAGUAAUUAAGUCAGUUCAUCGUGCGUGCACAGGUAUUUAUGUAACAAUACAAGGAGAAACCUUCUAUGUGUAUGGGUAUGUUGGUGUUUCCUUUGUAGGAGUAUCAGAAUCACACUCCGUUGUCUAUAGUUUACAACAUAUAUAAGACUAGGACCCUUUGACUGUUUCAAAAUGCCUGAAUACCCUUGUAACGUAUAUAAUUGUCCAAUGUUUGAGCAUUGUUUGACUAAGCAACUCUAACCCGCUGGUGUGUAUAUUCACAGAUUUGGAAUUGUAUUUGGACACUUCAUGAUUUGUAUAUUUGCAGUGUCUCAAUGGAAUUGUACUAUCAUGAUUUUAUAGACAAUUGUAGAUAUGUGACGUUUUGGUGUUGAGUAACAAUGUGGGAUAGGGUCAAGUAAUGGUGACUCCAUUCUUUGUUGAAAAAGGAUUUUACAGUUGAAAAUUACCAUAUGUUUGAUACAGCAUGGACAGCUGUUUAGUGCAAACCCAGACAGAAUCAUAAAAAUGUAUCCAAAAGAACAACAGUGAUAGAACACAUGUAAUAUGUUGAUACAGACUGUGAUUGUUUGAACAAAUGACUACCACAACACCAUUUAUUUGAAUUUAAGAUUAAAAUUGUAAUUACAGAAUUCAGUAAGAUGGUAUUGUUGUUCAAUUUUCCUGUAGCUGAAGGAGGAAAGUUUAAUUUAUAUUUUGUAUUUUUUUAAAAAUAAAGGUUAAUUCCAGUCAAAUUUUGAAAGUAAAAGUGAAAUGUCUUCAAGAAAAGGGAAAAUAGUUGACCAGCAUUUCUUCAAGUGUUGCUCAUGGGAAUACCUGAUGUCACCAAACCAUAUGCCUGAUGUGACAACAAUGGGUGUGCCUUGGUUCUGAUCUUGAAUGGAUUCACAUUUACUGAUUCAGUGCCCAUUGUAACUCAAGUUUCAAGGUCUGUGCCACUUUCAUCUGCCUUUGAUUGUUGGCAGUUGUUUUAGCCUGUGGGGAUAUUGAAGAUGUAUACACUUUAGACAAUGAUAUUUAAUUUGAAUGUCACUACUACAAUGCCCCAAGUACAUUAUUGUAAAGUGGACAUUGUGAGAAAUUUGCUUCCAUUAAAACAUGGUCAGCUCUAUGUAUGGGGCACCAACAUUAUGAAUAAAAAUGGAAAAGAUC